AUGAAUGAGCGCAAAGAAAAUAUCCUGUCGUCGGUCUCUGGAAGCGACGACGGGGUCGCCGGGUCUGGGGCCUCGAUGGAGGCUUCCUCCACGGACACCAUGCAGCCCUCGACGUCGAUGGACUCCGGCCAAGGCGCGGACAACGCGUUGUGGUCGGAGGAACCGCAGGGCAGAAACAACAGCUGCCUGCCGUUUGAGGUUGAGAGUGACACCGCGGCGGCGGCGGCGGCGGAGGCGGUGGAAGAUCUCCCGUUGCCCUCCUCAGGUCUUAUCAAUGAGGGGUGUACGUGCUACAUGAACUCCCUGCUGCAGCUACUCUUUCACCUUGGCUACUUUCGCAACGCCGUCUACCGCAUGCCGGAGAAUAAUGACGGGGGUAGACGGACUAUUCCUCAGGCACUGAAGGAAUUGUUUUUUCAUAUGCAGGAGCGCGCGACACCGGGGCACACAAAAGAGUUAACCUCCGCGUUUGGGUGGGAAGAGAAGGAGCUGUUCGUCCAACACGACAUCCAGGAGAUGGCGACCUUGCUGCGCGACAACCUAGAGGAUAGAAUGAAGGGAAGUGCGGCGGAGGGAAGCAUCAAUCAACUCUUUGAGGGACGCGGGGAGCAGGUGGUGACGACGCUCGAUAAGGCGUACGUGUCCAGAAGCCGCGACACUUUCUACGACAUUCACCUGCCGCUGACUCCGUAUGUGACACUGAUAGAUAGCCUCCGCUCACUGACGGACAAGGAGCAGUUGGUCGGGGACAACAAGUACCGUGUUGAGGAGCCUGGAAAGGAGCCGGAGUACAAGGAUGCGGAAAAGAGUUACGAGUUCCGCCGUUUCCCACCUGUUAUUUGGUUUCACCUGCAACGGUUUGACAUGAACCUCAUGUCGCCCUCGCUCGAGAUGAAGAAGGUUAACAGUCGCCUCGAAUUUCCCCUGGAGUUGUGCCUGCAGGAGUUCGAGAAGGGUGAGGACGCCAGCGAGGCGGGGGCGAAGCAGGAUGAGUCGCGGAAUAAAGGCAACGAGCAGUCUACGGAGCAGCAGCAGCAGCAGCAACAUCAGCAGGGGCCGUUCAGCACAGAUUCGCCAGCCAUUUAUGACCUGCAGGGUGUUAUUGUGCACCGUGGUUCGGUGCGCAGCGGACACUACUACUGCUACAUUCGGGAAUGGGACCCUGUCCAUGAGCGCUUUGCGCGUUGGAUUGAAUACGACGACGACAAAGUCACCGUCGUGUCCGAGGAUUUCGCUGUUAGUAACAACUUUGGCGGGUGUGUGGCGCGGCAGGGCCGUCCAUCGAGUUUCAUGGCCACGAACAAUGCGUACAUCCUCUCCUACGUGCGGCGCGCCGACUGCGCCAAGGUGCUGGACCCCCCACCGCGGGAUAGUAUUCCCCAGUCUAUGUGGAAAGCACUCAAGCGCGAACUACUGGAGGAGCAACACCAGCAGCAGGUGGAGGAUGAGCAGCGCCGCAAGGUGAGUCUUCUCAUCUUCACCGAUAACCACAUUCGCGAGUACGUUGAAGAAUUUCAGCGGGAAACCUUCCCUAGGGAAGUACGAACCGAUUCAACGUCAGGGAUUCUGUUGGAGGCGCAGAAGCUAGACACCGUGCGCUCCGUGUACGAUAGGGUUGCCGAGCAUAAACAGUUGCGUGACUUGCACUUGGGCCCCAAUGACUUUCGACUGUGGCGUUUCCCGGCAACUCGAUGGCUGCGCCCAAGCAUACCGAUUAAAGUGUCUGCCCGCCAUGAAGACGCGUUAAUGACGGCCUACCUGGACAAAAACGAGGAACUUAAGAGCUCCACAACGUCGAUCUCCCUCUACCUGCAGCUGCCGUCCACGUUGCCGCCGCUCCCUGUGACGGAUGCGACGCCGCUUAUCUGUGAGUUGCAAAGGCAAGAGGGGUUGAAUGAGAUCCAGUGCUUCAUGCGCCUGCGGCACCCAACCGAACUUGACGGUGUGACGCUUUACUUGGAGUACGGCAGCGCCCGCGAUCCUCGGUUAUUCGUCUACCUGGAGCUCUUUGAGCUCGACGGGAGUUCGCAGGAAUACAACAAGGGUGACUGCACCAAUAAGCAGACGGAGUUUCGUUUCGAAGUCAAUCAAGCAGCGCGGCCCAUACGAAGUCUGGGGUAUCGAAUUGAGAUGUCAAAGGCACCGACAAACGUGCGGGUGCGUGAGGUACGUUUGAGUGCCCCUGCCACGGCAAUACCGAGUCUGCAGCCAAAAUACCGUCCCGGUGAGGCGCGCUUGCCGGAGUUGAAAGACGACAAUGUAUUGAUCUUUUUUAAAUACUUCAAUUACGUGACGCGUCGUCUGACGUACGCCGGAUCGGCGAUGGUGCCGAUAACCGCCACGAUAAAGACCUGCGGGAAUGUGCUACGCCAGUUGUUGGAUGCGGGCAGUGAUGCCGCCACGAGACCCAUACAAAUGCUCGAGGAAAGGCACGGAAAGGUAUAUCUGUUAAGUAACAAUGCAAGGAUUGGCUCUAGCCGCAUUAUAUCUGGAGCGGUGCUCGUUGGGCAACAGGAGGAGCCACCACUGGUGUGCCACUACACAAGGGUCGAAGACUACCUCAGUGAGCUUUCGAAUACCAUCCAUGUGCGUAUUGUGCACGUUAAGUUUGGCAAAAAUCCCACUCCAUUCGCGUUGAUGUUGGAUAGCAAUGGUGAUAGUAGUAGUAGUAGUAUUGCUGCUUGUGGCGCUGGCUCCAGCGGUAGUAGUGGCAUAAAUGCCACUGGAAGAGGUGGAGCGAGUGUGAGUAGUGGUGACGCCUUGACUGCUGGCAACGAGGGCGGGGGGGGAGGCGCGGCUGAAAAGUGCCCCGUGGUGGAGCUUGUCUUGUCCACCGCGAACGAGGGUAAGGAGUGCGCUGACACCGCCUUCUACACCUCGCGGAGGUUUGAGGUCAUCAGGGAGUACGCGCUCCCCAUGGACAUUCGUUGGAGCUACGCAAAGGUGUGUGAGGCGGUUGGUGGGGUGAGCGGCUACGACCCCAACUACAUCCGCCUGUACCGCGCCGACACCGGUGUGGCGGGUCAGCUGUCGCCCGAGGCGAAUCCUUCACUGGGCACCGUGACGUUUGCGGACCUUGUGAAUGGUGGACGAAACCCAGUCUUCUACUUUGAGGUGCUGCCGGAACCCCGGCGUCUUGUCGAGGCCAUGCCGCGGGUGAUUGCGACGGUUCGCACCGAAAAGAAUGAGCCCCUUUACACCGAGAAGUUGGUGCUACGGCAAAAUACGACAUUUGGGGCGUUGGUGCAGGGGAUGCUGGAGCGAUGCGCCCUGGUGCUGCAACGGCGGCGGGGUGCUGACGCUGACGCUGCCGCUGCCGCCAGCAGUCGUGCGAAUGAUCACACCGCGAGAUCGAGUGCGAAUGGUGCCGCCACCGAGAGCAGCGGUGGUGCGACGGCCACGUUUACGAUUGGUUCGCACUAUUUGAUUCUGGUGCUGGACGUGGCUGCCGGUGCGAUUAAGGAAAUUAUUGAGGCUCCAAUGACGCCAGAGGGCAGGUGCAACUGUCAGACGUUGGUCGUGGCAGAGAGGAAGCCUUUGACAUUGUCGCUUGUGCCAGCGCAGCCGUUGCUGGCGGAGCAAUGUCGCCUUGCGUGCUGUCACGGUGACUGGCGUCAUGGCAUGGACAGGCCUCAGCUCUGCACCUUCGGGCAGCCGUUUGUAGUGACCGUCAGCGACAAAAUCACCGUCGCGGAGGCGCGGGAGGUGCUGCUCGCGUACACUGGGGUUUCGCCAAGUGAGGUGGAGUCGUCGAAAACAGGUGUGAUGAUGUACACCGAUGAAAUUCUCUACUUGCCGGAGUGGGGGCUGAAACUGUUCCAGUACUGGCAUUGUACGCGUAACAAUAGUGGUCGCAUUCCCACGCUACUGCUGAAUCACGAGCGACCGCGGGAGAAGCCGGGGUCCCGUUACGUUGCACAGAACACCCCCGCACUAUGGAUAUCAAGGAGGUGA